GGGACCUCGACCAGUGUAGUGUUGUCUGUCAAGUUGUUCGUACUUUACCGAAACUCAGUUCAAAAUGAUGUGCAAAAUUGCAGCCUUUGCCGUACUAGCCCUCUGCUUCAGCCAAGGCUCAGCACUGAAAUGUCACUCGUGUACCUCCGUCACAGACCCCAAGUGCGGUGACCCGAUAGACAGCAGUCUGCCCCUGACAGAGUGUACACCAGAUGUGCUGAAGGAGGCUGGUAACUUGUUGAAGGGCGCUGCCGACGCUGUGUCUGGCCUCUUUGGCAAGGUGGGCAUCGACACAAACUUUCAAGUGCCGGACGCCAACGCUGCCUUUGCCUGCGCCAAGGCUGUCAAGCAGGACGGUGACAAGAGGGUGGUUGUCAGAAGCUGCAGUAUCCCAAAAAACGAGAAGUUUGACAUGUGCACCCAGAUGAAGGCUACUGGAUCUCUCGUGACGUUCUGUGAGACUUGCGACUCCGACGGCUGCAACGGAGCGUCAGGUCUCGCCUCCUCCUCACUUCUGAUGGCACUACUGGUAGCCCUGGUGGCCUAUCUUACCAAGCAGUAGACACCACAGAGGCCAACUUACAAAAAUCAGCUGAUCAAAUUAGGUUUACCUUUAAGCAUAAGGUGAAUCACUGUAGAUACUGAAAUGGAUCUUUAUGUGUGAAAAACAGGGUUGCCACCCAUCCCAAUUCUGUCAAAAAAAGUCCUUUUUUCAGUACUUUAUGCCCAUGUUUGUGUCUAUGUUUAUUGGAGGUGGAAGAGGGGGGAGUGUUCCGAAUUUUCCAACCAAAGAGUGGCGACCGUGGUGUGAAAUGUGAAGAACAUGAUUUUUCUGGUAGUGGUCAAGGAGUUUUAUUUUUUGUGCAAAUACAUUGUAGUUUGAAUUUGAAAAUGUAGGUCUAUCCACAGAGAAGUAAAGCCGGGUUUUCCUAGGAGCGGAAGUGGAGAGCAGAGAGAGGAACGCGGAGAGCGGACUCCACUUGUCUUAGGUAAUUUAAUGUUGCUGUUUUCCUAGAAGCGGAGCGGAAGACCAUGUUAAAUCUCUUUUUCACUCUCCGCGUUCCUCUCAUUGCUCUCUGCUUCCGCGUCUAGGAAAACCAAGCUUAACGUACGGAGGAAACAUUCAAUGGUCAUCCCAUAAGCAAGUUUCCUCUGUACCUCACUUCUCUGUGGUCUACCGAAAAACCAAAAUAAAACUUAUUUUAGGCCUCUCUUGUUCCUUAAAAAACAACACAACUAUUUUGCUGAGAGCAAACUUCAAGAAAACCCAUAACCCAAGCAACAAAUAGUCUUUUCUUCCUUAAAAUUUUACAACUUUUGCAUCUAAACCAUCAAGUAAAUAAAAUGUGAUAUAAGUAAUUAUCUGGGGUGGGGUUGGAAUAUUGCAAUGCAUAGAUAAAACAAUACUAAAGCAAUCUUUGAAUCACUGCCACACUAAACUGGGCAAUUGUACCUUGUACCAACGAGUCUAAUUCAGUACCUACAGUGUUGGUAGAAUGGAACAAUGCCUCACAGCAUUUAGACUCCAUGUAACAUUAAAAGUUUUUAUUAAUAAGCAUUACAACAAUUGUAUAGCUUUUAAUGUAACCUCAUUGUUUGGUGCUGAUUAUAUAUACCCUUGUGUUAUUAUUUGGCGAUGCCAUUUUAAUAUUCAUUCCUCCUUUUCUUGCUUUCUAGUGUUGUACUUAAUCCUCCUAGAUCUUAGAUCAAUGCUAGCUAGCUUGCUGAGUAUCACCGAGCGUAAACUUACGAUUUGGAAUUGAGUUGUACACAUGCAACGGAUAAGUACAAAUAUUCACUCUGUGUUUUAUACUCCGAUUUUACACGUCCAUGCACCAUUCUGUCCAUUCAGGAUUGUACAUAUUCAUAAAUGAGAGUUUUUUGUUUCAAUGUUUAAAAACUCAAAUGUGCUUAGCUCACAAUAGUGGUUUAUAUUUUUUUUUGAGCUGUGAAACCUUUUGGACCGUAUUUUAAAUGUACCUACUGUUAGUAACAUUUUAGAUGGUAUUUUUGUUUUGCAAUAAAGCGAUAGUUUUUA